AUAGGUCUGGGGGAGGGGAGCAAAGGGGAUGAGGUUUAAUAUGCUAUUAGGGUUUUCUGUCUCAGUCAUAUUUUCUAUCUUCCCAAUAAGAGAGAUUCGGAAGUCUGUUUUGAGAAGUCUACGUGCUGGUUAGUAAGCUGAAGGAAAACGGGAGCUGGCAGAGUCACGGCAUAUGGCUAACCACCAAUACUUGUGGGGAUUGAAUGUGUCACCAAGUCCCAUUAGGACCGUUCUCAUAACACUAGGAAGUCUGUCCCCACCGCCCCAGGAGAACUGUCUCCUCUGCAGCCUUGGGCUGCUCAGGAUAAGCAAAGGACGAGGUGGCCAAAUCAAGGUGUUUAGUUUAAGGUGUAAGAACUACGUCUCGGUGCCGGUUCCUCUGGGGGCCACAAGAGCUAGGGUGGAGAAAGGACUGGGCGAGGUGGGAGGAGGGGACUUAGAACAGAACUAGGGUUCUUUAGGACCCAGAGCGGCGCCUCUACCAGCAGGCGAAUGCGGCUGCGCGAGCUGGGUGCCAGUGUCCGGAGACCGACCGGGCUGGCUGGACUGGGACUGAGCCGCAGCCACAGAGGCAGCACCUACCCAAGCAGCAGCCUAGUCGGCGGCUGCCGCCUCUCGGCUCUUGCGCCGCCCCCAGCCUGCCCAGCCCUAGGGACUUCCUAGGUGCAGCGCCGCCUUUCACAGUCCGGGAUCCCUCUGCGGCCAGAGCCAACCCACGCCGAGCCCAGCGGUUUGUGUCUGCAGAGAGCCGCCUCGGAGGAGCGGGACGCGGGAGGAUAAGGGACCCAGCCGGAGACCGAGCUCCGGCACCAGGACUAACCCCCAGAGCAGCGCAGCCCAGCCCAGCCUAGCUUCGGGAGCUGUCCUUUCAGCACUGUGCCCGGGGAAACAAGCGAAGCCUAACCGAGAAGAGGAGCGGAGUAGCGAAGCAGAGAAGAGAAGAGGAAGAUUAGAAGGAAAGGGAGAAGGAGCAGGAGAAGAAAGAGAGGGAGAAGGAACAGGAGGAGGAGAGGCGCAGAGGAGCGCACAGCGCAGAGGCGCACAGGAAGGCGACUAGAGAGCAACUCGAGGGCCCCGCUGCCUACUGGGUCCGGCAAUUCCUCCGGGAGGCUGCACUGGGAGCAGGGCAGGCGAGCGGGACCGGCGGGAAGGGAGCCCAGGAGAAGGAGAAGGGAGCCAGAGGCUCCCUCCGCUCUGUCUCCGCUCCAAGCUGCGUCUCCGAUGGCCCGCUUUUUUCCUCGCCUGUGCCGGGGGCUGGGAGGUUGCUGGUAAUUCUUCCCUCCCCCCUCCCGGAGGGAGGAACCAAGAAGCCCCCGCCUUCCAGUCCCUCUCUUCCCAUCCUCUGGACCCCAGGAAAGCGACUCGUUCUACCCCCAAACGCAGGCGCCUUGUCCUCCUGCUGUCUCCGGGCUCUCGAAGGCUCCUCGAUUUCCCCUCAGAUUAUUUAUUUAUUUAUGUAUUUAUUCUCACGCUGCUGCUGAGAUGGGAGCACGAGCCCGGCCCCCUCCUCCUCCUCCUCCUCUUCCCCCGGCCCGCAGCUGAGCACCUCCUUCAGCCUCCCUCCCCACCUUCUUCUUCCUCCUCGUCUUUAGCUGGACACCUCUACUGCCUGUACACAUCUGGCAACAAGAUUCCCCCCCCCCCCUCCCGCGACCCACACAGCCUCCAAGGGCUCGUUGUCUCUUUCCAUCUCACUCCGAUUGAUAGAGGCAGAGGUUGGAGAGGGGUGGCGGGAGGGGGGAGGGCUUUUGUAUUUGGGGGACUGGAACUGUCAGAGGUGCUAGGGAGCCGGGUCGCCGCCGCAGGGUAGGGGGCGGGGCGGUGAGAGGAGAGACAGUCUAACUGUGAAGGCGCAGCUCCUUCCAGCCUGCCCUCCUGCAGGUGCCGCUCUUCGCUGCACCCCCCCCCUUCCCAGGGUCUUGGGGAGAAAGACACCGUCCCCCACUAUCCACAACAGCCCCCGAAUCCCAACCCGCCGCUCCCAUGGGUGCCCUUGGCCUGCGACAUGCCUAAGGGGAAGCCGCGAUGGGCCAAGGCGACGACAGCGACCGCAUCGUGAUCAACGUGGGCGGGACGCGGCACCAGACGUACCGCAGCACCCUGCGCACCUUGCCCGGGACCCGGCUCGCCUGGCUGGCCGAGCCCGACGCCCACAGCCACUUUGACUAUGACCCGCGCUCAGACGAGUUCUUCUUCGACCGGCACCCGGGCGUGUUUGCGCAUAUCCUGAACUACUACCGAACGGGCAAGCUGCACUGUCCGGCUGACGUGUGUGGACCUUUGUACGAGGAAGAGCUGGCCUUCUGGGGCAUCGACGAGACGGACGUGGAGCCCUGCUGCUGGAUGACCUACAGGCAGCACCGCGACGCAGAAGAAGCCCUCGAUAGCUUCGGCGGCGCGCCUCUGGACAACAGCGCCGAGGACGCGGACGGAGAUGGCGCGGGCGACUCCGGGGACGGGGAGGACGAGCUGGAGAUGACCAAGGGCCUGGCGCUCAGUGACUCACCCGACGGCCGCUCGGGCGGUUUCUGGCGUCGCUGGCAGCCACGGAUCUGGGCGCUCUUUGAGGAUCCCUACUCAUCCCGCUACGCGCGGUACGUGGCUUUUGCCUCCCUCUUCUUCAUCCUGGUCUCCAUCACCACCUUCUGCCUGGAGACCCACGAGCGGUUUAACCCCAUCGUGAACAAAACCGAAAUCGAAGUCAUUAGGAAUGGCACCCAGGUGCGCUACUACCGGGAGGCGGAGACCGAGGCCUUCCUGACCUACAUCGAGGGGGUGUGCGUGGUCUGGUUCACGUUCGAGUUCCUCAUGCGGAUUGUCUUCUGCCCCAACAAGGUGGAGUUUAUUAAGAAUUCCCUGAACAUCAUCGACUUUGUGGCCAUCCUGCCUUUCUACCUGGAGGUCGGACUCAGCGGCCUGUCUUCCAAAGCCGCCAAGGACGUCCUGGGCUUUCUGAGAGUGGUCCGGUUCGUGCGCAUCCUGAGAAUUUUCAAGUUGACCCGCCAUUUUGUAGGCUUGCGGGUCCUGGGCCACACCCUCCGCGCCAGCACCAACGAAUUCUUGCUGCUCAUCAUUUUCCUGGCCUUGGGGGUCUUAAUCUUCGCCACGAUGAUCUACUACGCUGAGAGGAUAGGUGCUCAACCCAACGACCCUAGCGCCAGCGAGCACACGCACUUUAAGAACAUCCCCAUCGGCUUCUGGUGGGCUGUGGUCACCAUGACGACACUGGGCUACGGAGACAUGUACCCGCAGACGUGGUCGGGCAUGCUAGUCGGGGCGCUGUGUGCGCUCGCCGGGGUGCUGACCAUCGCCAUGCCCGUGCCCGUCAUCGUGAACAAUUUCGGAAUGUACUAUUCCUUAGCCAUGGCUAAGCAGAAGCUACCAAAGAAAAAAAAGAAACACAUUCCGAGGCCGCCGCAGCUGGGAUCCCCCAAUUAUUGUAAAUCUGUCGUAAACUCUCCACAUCACAGUACUCAGAGUGACACAUGCCCGCUGGCCCAGGAAGAGAUUUUAGAAAUUAACAGAGCAGGGCCAGAAAUCCUAGGAGAAGGGCUGGAGGGACAGCAGAGGGAUAAGGGCUUCAGAAGAAGAUGAGGGGAAUGACUAGAAGGACAACAUAUCUAAGAAGGACACAGCUUUGAACCUUGGACUAAACCGUGUCAGUUUGCUGGGGAAUCACAGAACCAUAAAAAUCUCAGAGCUGGAAGGGACUUCAGAAAUCAUUUAAUCCAAUCUGUUCCUGAGCAGGAAUUUCUUCCAAGUGACCAUAAAGCUUCUGCUUGAAGACCUCCAGGGAUGGGAAACUCACUAUUUCCUGAGUUAACCCAUUCUUAUUUUGGACAACUCUCAUCGUUAGGAGUUUUCUCUUCAUGUCAGGUAGAAAUCUGUCUAAAUGAAUAUUGCUUAAAUUAGCCAAAAGUAGCAUAGCAUUACCUGUUGAAGUAGGACAAAUGACCAAUUUCUAUUUUUAUUUGAGGGUAAGAUCAUAUUGCUUUUUGUCAGAUGCCUUAGCAUCCCAACGAAGGUUUCCAUUAACUGGUGUAAUUGCAAAGAACAAGGAGACCAGAUAUCACAUUUCCUCAUCCACAAAUUAGAAUCAGAAAGGCUUUGAAUAAUAUUAGCUAACUAUAAAAUACAACCACCAUAUUUAGUAUCUUCAUAAUCUGUAAGCAUUUAGUGUACAUUAAUCUGCUUCCUUCCUUGAAAUAUCCCUCCAUUGCAAAAGGAACCACAUUGUCUUUAGGGCCAUACUAGUUCCUUAGUGCCAAUCCAGUGGACCUAGCAUUGACCUUGUUUUUCACUUUUCUGUCUUUCCCAUAAUUCCCCAAUCCUGAAAUCCUAACUCAAGACCACAAGAAUCCUUUGACCUUUUUAGGCCCUUGAGACCACUUGACUUCUUAUCUUGCCUAUUCCUUAAUUACCUUUUAUUCUCAUGCUUUUGCUGCCAAAAUAGGCUUUUCAGUUUUGGCAUCCACUCACAAUUUCUCCUCUUCCUUCUGCUACUACCAGCUCCAGGGCAGAAAAGGCAUAUUCUUACAAGAAUAGAGACAACAUGGCGGAAAUAGACAGCCAACUUCAGAAUCAGAAAAUUUUGAGAUCAAAUUUAGCUGGUGAAACAUACUGGCCAUAGGACCCUGUACCAGACAUCCAAUGUCUCCCCGCUCUAGGGCACUCUCUAAGACUAUAAAUUGAAGAGAGGAGUUAACCUACAUCAAUACAGGAGUUUUCCCUUCUAUAUCAAUGACAUUACACGUCCAAUUCCUAUCCCUAUUCCACUUCAUAGAAGAGAACUUGCAAUAUCAGAAACAAUAUAUCAGGGUCUGUAUUAGAUAACUAGAAGUAUAUCUGUAUACAUAUAUCUAUAAAUAGCUAUACACAACACAGUCAAAGACAGGUAUCUAACCUUUCUAAGCUAAUCUCCAACUAAAGUUACUUAGUUGAGGCUUCAUUGUCUUCCCUAAACUAGGAGCAUUUGACAUAAUAUCCAGCUUCCUUGUCUCCCCCUUUCCUCUAGUUAAAGUCUUCUGCACCAAAAUACUCUGCAGUGAUUUGGGAUUGACCUGAAUAUUCUGUUCAGAGUGUAUUCAUCCAACCCAUCACUUCAGGCUCAUUCUCAGAAGGCUUAUCAAGAACUCUGAUUAAUGCUUGAAUUUUAGCAUCCUGACCCUUUUCCGAUACAAUCUCUUAGCUAGUUUGUUUGUUGUCUGUCUGAAGGAGGAAGAGGACAGAAAGAUACAAAAGUUUUUUUCUUUACCUACAAAGUGAAAUGUUUCAAGACAACAAUGUUUCUAUUAAGUUCAUAAAAGUCGGUUAUUGUAGUAUCCAUAGGUAGCAAAGGGUCUAAUUUGAAGAGAAAGGGAUUCUGGGAGGGUUUGAGCUAGAAAUGCUAGGUUUUCAGGAUUAGGGGAGGGCCAAAGCUAGAGAAACAGUAUUUCCAAGGAUGAAAGAGUGUCCAAACUUGAGGGAUAAGGAUACAGAAAAAAAUUCAGGAUGGAACUGAAGGGACAAUGGCUCUAGCAGCAGAAUAGAAUCAAAGAUGGAAGGAUGGGCAUUCCAGGAAGUAGAGAAGAGUUGAGAAUAGAAAGAUGGGAGCUUCAUGGGCAAAGGAGAGUUAGAGCUGGGGGAAUAGAGAUUCUAGAGCAAGAAUUCCUAAGUUUUUUUGUCACAGGUUCCUUUGGCAGUCUGAUAAAGUCUAAGGACCCUAUCUCAGAACAAUGUUUUUAAAUACAUAAAAUAAAAUGCAGUUACUAAGUAAACUAAUUAUAUAGCAAGAAAAUUAUCAAAAAAUAUUUUUCACAGAUCAUAGAUUAAGAAUCUCUGCUUAGGGAGAACAGAGGUUCAGA